ACCAAUAUUUAAGCUGAACUUAUUAGAUAUUGAAGAUCGUACUGAAUAUCAAGUUGAAUCAAGUGUUAUAAACAGUUCCAAAGAAUCGAAUUUCAAAUUGAAUAAUGACCUCUUUAUACCCUUGGAGAAUAAACCUGUCGUGGGUAAUAUCGCAGCAUUAAUAGACCCACAGGAUUCACAGGAAGUUCAUGACGAUUGUGAAAAUAACAUUUUAUAUGAACUACAUUGUAAUCUUAUGGCGGAAUCAUCCGAAUCUUCAGAAUUAUCAAAAAUGUCAGAUUUGUCAAAUGACGAUGCCGACCGAAGAAGCCCGAGUCGUUUUGGUUCGGAUUUUAUUCUUAAACCACCGGAACCCUUUAGAAAUGAUGUUAGUAACAAAACAAGUUCACAUAGAAUGAAUAAAAGUGCGACUAUGUUGACUGUGAAUGCAACGCAACCUGUUGGACGUAAAAAGAGUCAUUCUGCGUCUUUCGUGCAGAAAAAUCAAGAGAAAUUGUUAUUAUCACCGAAUUAUCGGAGUAAAACACGUGAAAGUGAAGAUAAAACGCAAAAUAAAAAAUAUAUUGAGGAUAAAAUCGCCACACCGAAAGAAACUACACGUAGGAGAACACCAGUGAAGAAAAAUGAUAGGCAACCCGAUGUACAAGAAGACAUUACCUUAAAUUAUCAAGCUCUGAUUAAAGAAAAAACUAAAUUGAUACUUGAAAAACAAAAAACACAACUUAAAGAUGAGCAGAAGUCAUCUGCACAUGCGCAGAAAGCUAAAUCACCUAAUUUACCUAAAAUAUUAUCUAAAUCAGUAACAACUCGUGCAUUUGAGGUGCAAAACGAUGAUUCCUUGCAAACAGACAGUAGUGAAUUGGAUACAAGUGAAUUUAUAACGAAAUUUCGUGAGGAUUUUAUGCAAAACGUCGUGAUAACACAAAAUCAACUGAAUUGGUGCGCGUUAAAGAGGGCGCUGUAUGAAGACACACCGGAUGUCAAAAUGAAACUUUUACAAGCUUUAAGAUGGAGAUUAACUGAUUGUAAUAGCAGUCAACGUGAAGCACAAUUAUUAGAAUAUGUGAAAAAUGAUAUUCUGUCAAUCAAUUCAAUUCCACCGCAUGGACAGCUUUUUUUAGAGAGUUUCUAUUGUCCGAAAAAGAUGGUGACGCCACAUCCAUUACAGGAAGAAAUGGCGCGGUUUAUUAAUACGUUAGCGUCGUUAUCAAUGGGUCGGUUAUAUUUGGAGCGUGAUGAGAGUUUAUUGUCGGUUAUGCUCCUCCCACUUUUGAUGGGAAAACUACCAGGGAUUAAAAUAUAUGAUUUAACUCGUGAGUUCACAAUGGCAACAGUGCAAAAAUUGAGUCUAAGUAAUAAAAUGCGUGAAGUCAUGAUAAACGCAGGUGUAAUGGAAUGGUUGAUAUUAUUUAUAGAGAAAAACCAUCAUAAAAUGACUACUUAUGAAGCGGAAUAUUCCACCGCGUUGUUAACAAAUCUCUGCAUAAACAAAGAAGCAAGAAGUCGUUGUGAACGAGUCGCGGAUCGCGUUGUGACAGUUAUCGACGAUUUAAUCGACACACCGCACAAGUGUUGCCUACCGUAUAUAAAUCCGAUCCUGUACAGUCUCCUACUUAAUCCUGUGAUUAAUGAUCGUGCUGUUUCUAAUGGCAUCGGUGUAAAAUUGAAACAAUUGUACAAUGUUUAUGAAAAUAAUAUAGAAUUAUCAAAACAACUAGAUGCCAUUAUUGCAAUGCAUGAAGCACGUGAUUUCUGUGAAUGCGACGAUGCAGACACAGAAGACGUCACAAAUCAAAAUCACGCGGAUUAUUUAGAACAAGAAUUAUCUCUGCGUGAUCCGAUCUAUCACACACCAAUGGGUGAAGAGCUGUUAAAACUGUUUUAUAAUCGCAUAGCGCCAUCAAGCGGAAGAUUCUUAAACAUAGAUAAUGAAAUAAAACACCCAUCUUUAGUCCAAAUCGUAAAGAAAAGCUGCGUAUGCAAUAAUAAAUCACUAUCCAAACUAGAACAUCGAUUAUUAUCAGAAGAAACAGCGCAGAAUCCAAUAGAAGCUGUCAAAAUCAACAAAUGGCAAAACAGACCAACCUACCGGAAGAGAACAGACACCCCUAUACCAAAUAGAAACAAUCAUAACCUCAAUUCUAAACCAAUAUCUAAUAAAAUACCCAAUAAAACAAGUAAUAAAUUAACCAAAAGUAGAAACGAAGUAAAAUUGGGAGCACGACAAAGAUCCAAAUCGCAACCACCAGCAAGAAAACACAAACCAAUCACAACGAAAACUGAAAAUUUAAAAAAGACUGAACGGAUAAAAAUGAUACCAAUGAAUGACGCUAACAACUCACUUAAUAAUGAAAUUAACACAGAAAAUCCAUCCCCAAAGCAAUAUAUAUUAAACUGUUGCCUAAAAAUGGAUUACAUGAAUGCUAUAGCAGCGCCACCUGGUGAAUACCGCCCGCAGCCAUUACAUACAAGUUCACCUAACCUCAAUUCACACACCGAUGAUAAUUAUGUUGAAUUUAAAAAAUUGCAAGUGUUACAAUGAAAUGCAACAGUUUAUCGGUGAUUAUAGUUCGAAAGGAAAGAAAACUAAUGUAAAAGUGUCACCAGGAGGGUCAGAAAAAGGUCGUAUGAGAAGAUCGCCGCCAUCUUUAUUUCGGCAAAGGUCCACGGAUGCAUAUCCAGUGAAAAUUACGAAUAAAAACAGCGCGCCGCUGUUUGAUGUGAAGGAUAUUAGAGAUGAAGACGUGCAGGUGAAUUAUUUCGAUAGUGAGAUGAUGAUGGUGAGGACAAAGACACGUGCGAGUAAUAAACGAUGAAGAAUGAGGAUAGUGGGAAUAAAAGCCAAUGUUAUGUGAUAAGAAAUUAAAUUAGGGUUAAAAAUUAGUAAAUUUGGAUUAAAAGAAGCGAUAAGUGGGUGUUAAUAAAUUAUUUAGUGUAAAUAAAGUUGUUU